UGCGAUCUUGCGCCUCUGCCGAGUGCUCAGGCAAUGAAGGACAUCGGCACAACCAUCUCCGGCGGCGACGACUUGCGCGAGCUGUGCACAGCCCUCGAAGCGGAGAUUGCGCAGGCCUCGCAAGCGUUCUCUGCUCAGGUUCAGCGCGUCUUAGCCGAGGCUGAGCAGAGCGCCCGUGCGAUUGGCUCGGCAGCCCCGGGGCAGUCACUGCGGGCUUGCGGCCUUUGGGUGGAGCAGGAGAAGCGGCGGAAGGAGAAACAAGGUCUACCAUCAGACCGUGCGGUGCCUUCCGUGGAUUGGGCCGAGGAGCGCGCUCAGUACCUGGCCACGACUCGCGCCAUGGAGGCCAAGUUUGCGCAGCUGACAAAGCUGAGAAGGCUGCUGCAGGCCAAGUACACUGCUGCCCGACGAAAGAUCCACGCUGGGCGAUUGGAACAUGCCUUCGUGGCCAAGACGGUCACCCAUACUGGUGUAGCGCGAAACCCGGCAGAGCCCGUGCAACUCACCUUCGAGUCCCGACAGCAAGCUUGCCAGCCACAGGGCAUGGUUGACUCCCAGAAAAGUUGUGGCAUCCUGCCGGCUGUGAGCUCUGUUGCUGCACGUUUCAGGGAAACACCACCUGCCUUUGACAUGCCAGCGUCACCUGAGCACGUGGAUACUAGCGAGGAUGCCGCUGUGCCUGCCCCGUUUGCCGAUUUGGCCACUGGUGCUGAAGAAGGUGAAGGUAGCGAGGAUGAGGGGAAUCAUGAGGAUGAAGCCGUCCCACAUAUGCUCUAUGAUCUCACGGAGGAGCAGCCGAAUAGCGUCGCCACCGCUGCUGCCGAAGGUCGUCGCCGGUGGCCAGCCUUCGCAGCCUAUUAUGAAGAGCAGGGGAUAGCCAGCCCAGCUGCGUUGGAGGCCGCACUCGCUGCAAUGGCACGUCCAGGAGCGCCUUUUCAAUGCAGAUUUCCAGAGUCACCGACAGCAGCAGCCUCUCUGGCGCGGCUGCGCGCUGUCCUACCGAAUUUGGCACCCGUGCCCUGGGCACCGAAGGCUUUCCGGGUGGUGCCUGGCCAGCCGGGGAAGGCCUCGGACCCUAAAAAAAUCGGCCUUGAAGUUUUGAGGCUGAUGAAAGAGGGCGACCUUUGCCUUCAGGAUGUCAGUAGUAUGUUGCCAGUCCUCGCGAUGAAGCCUCUAGCACCAGAUAUGGCCUGCUUGGAUAUGUGUGCUGCUCCUGGCUCAAAGGCCAUGCAGUUGCUCGAUGCCCUUACGUCAGCUCCGUCAGCUCCGGGGAGAAACCGAGGUGGAUUUCUAGUCGCAAACGAGCGAAGCGAGAAGCGUGCACGGAGAUUGCUGUCGCGAGCGCGCUGGUCCCCUGCAUUGGCGCGUGCCAUCCUCGUCUGUUGCACAGAUGCUUCGAUCUUCCCUGCCUUGCGCAUUGCAGGACCGCGGGGUGCAUUCCCCAAGCUGCGGUAUGACCGUGUGAUCUGCGAUGUGCCUUGCUCCGGCGAUGGCCAGCUGCGCAAGACACAGGAUAAAUUCGAAGUGGGUCGGGGCUUGGCUCUACACCCACUGCAGCUCAGGAUCCUCCGCCGUGGCUUACAGCUCCUGGCGCCAGGCGGUCAACUUGUUUACAGCACAUGCUCUCUAAAUCCUAUCGAAGACGAAGCUGUUGUUGCCGCAGCCUUGGUCGAAGCCGCAGACUGCGAGAUUGUGCCGUUACCAGCGCGACUCCUCGAGGAGGACGUUGGAUUGCACCCUGGCAUUUCAUUUUGGGUGGUACCUGGAUCGGGCCAAGCAGAAGGGUAUGCAGGGCAGGCCAGCUCAACCGCAUUCUGGCCUGGAGUUGACUUGCCUACCAUGCGGCCGCCACCUGCUAGCUCGUCUACAUCCCUGCAGCUGAAGCACUGCCGCCGUGCUUUGCCAACAUACGCAGGUGGAUCUGGCUUCUUUCUUUGUGUCAUCGAGCGCAGACAGAAACCCAUGCGGCCCAUGGUGGGAGUGGGCGGAGUGGGAGAGGAGGACAGUGCCGACGAGGAGAAAGAGGAUGCAGCUCGGUUGGCAUGGUUCGGCGAUAAAAAGCCUCGGAAAGUCUUUAAACCCAUGUUUCCGGUAGCUCCCUCCGACAUGACAGAGGGUGUGUGCAAGUUGUUCGGCAUCUCAGCCACAGCUCUGUUGCAGCAUGGCCUUGCUGACCAGCUCUGCAUUCCGGGUUUCAAAAGGGAUCGCAGGAUGCUUCUUUCUGUAGCAAAGCGCCUCGGAGACAUUCAACGACAUAGGCAGGCGAAUGUCUUGGAUGGCGGCUCGCCAGUGGCGACUUUGAUGCCCAAGGAGUCUUGGUGGCCACGGAGGCUCUCAGCUUGGCGACCCUGCCAUGAGGAGGCCCAGCUCCUCGCGCGACUGGCCACUCGACGUGUCUUCCCCUGCACUUCCGCGUUACUGAAGGCACGGACUGCGCCCAGCAAUGAGGAGGAGGGUGGUGCCAUCGUCGCAUCCGGAGAAGUCGCUCUUGCUGCAGUCGUGGAGGGCGGGAUGCAACAGCUGCACCAGCUGGGCACGCAGCAACCUUACAUUAAUGUCGGGACUGCGUCCUCGGAGCGCGGCAAG